UCUAACUAUAAAUUAAUGAAGAAUUUAUUUAUAAUUGGUUGCCUAUUAUAGCUCAUAAAUUCUGUUUCAAUAGGAGUUGAAGGUGGGACAGCUAAAUGUUUCUUUUUUGAUGGUUAUGAUGGGUAAGUAGUAAAAGUGCCAUAUGUUGUUACAGGUAUAAAUGAAGAAAAUGUAUAUGUGGAGGUAUAAAUAAAUUAAGAUUAGUUAUUUGAAACAAUUUUAGAAAAUGAUAUUGAAUAUAAUGUAACUUUAGAAUCUUAAGAGAGAAAAAGAGAAGGAUAAUUAAAACAUUUUGUAAAAGGAAAAAAAGAAAUUUAUCUCUGCUUUUAAUCAAAUGAUAGUUAUUAUAAAAUAUUUAGCUUUGAUAUAGAUAUUAGUGGAGUUGAUAAGAAUUUUGCUGAUAAAAGUAUAAUUAUUAUUGAAUUAAUUUAGAUUAAAUGGAUGAGACUGAAGGAUCAUUAAAAUAAGUUUUAUCAAAGAUGCAUAAAGUAUAUAGAAAUUAACACUUUUAAAUUGAUAGAGAAAAUUAUCAUGAGAAAUGUAUAUGCUUGAAUAAAAUAUAAUCUUAGUGAUGGAAAGUACUGAAAAUUAAGUAAAAUGGUGUGCAUUAUGUAAAAUAGUAGUUUUGAUGAGUGUGUGUUUAAUAUAAAUUUAUAUGCUAACUAAUUUUUUUAAGGAUAAGAGCUUUGGGCCAAGCGUUUGAGUAUUUUUAAAUAAAAAUAUAAAUAAUAGAUAGAUA